CACGCAAAUUACGUGCGACAAGCAGCCGAGGACUAUUUGGCCCGCCGACAGGCGCGCAACAAAUCAAUGACACGCUCCAUGACUUCCGGCUUGGCCGGGCCGAUCCUCGCCCUGGGCAACGUCUACUAUCUGCCCGCAGCCAAGAGCGGCACAUUCUUCGCGCGCGACAAUGUCUCCAAUUUCAUAACCUGGUGCAGAAAGAGCCUGAAGAUCAUCGAGUGCCUAUUGUUCGAAACGGACGAUCUGAUCAUGCGCAAGAACGAGAAGCAUGUGAUACUCUGCCUGCUGGAGGUGGCCAGACGUGGCGCCAAGUUUGGCAUGCUAGCGCCGAUGCUGGUACAAAUGGAGCGACAAAUCGAUCGCGAAAUCGCGGCCGAUAACAAAGCCAACGGCGUCGGCUGUGGCACACAGACAAACAACGGCUGCUCGGAGAGCGGCACUCAAACGGAGGCGCCACCUAUUGGCGAUGAGUGUGCGGCCAACGAGACGGAUCUGUACGACAGCGAUACAGAGAACGAGGAUGAGAACGACAAGGAUCCGAUGCUGAUGUACGGACCCCAGCCACAGAUCAUAACCAACGAUCUGAAGAGCCUCGAUGAGAUGGUAAGUGCAGAUCCAAAUCCGCUAGCCCUAAUUGGGGCUACUGUUUGCAGUCAGCCACCAACUGGCUUUUCCACACAUUUCUCCUCAAAAACUCCUCUAGCCAUAA